GUCUCCAGCCGUACGACAACACGCAGAAACCAGACAUGGAGGAAAUGACCAUAUGGGAGCAGUACACUGUAACACUAAACAAGGAUCCCAAGAUGGGCUUCGGGUUUGCCUUAUCCGGAGGGCGGGACAAGCCCAACCCGGAGACGGGCGACACAGUUGUGGUUUCAGACGUGGUGCGAAAUGGACCAGCAGCAGGGAGAUUACAAAUCCGGGAUCAAAUCGUCAUGGUGAAUGGGGUUUCCAUGGAAAAUGUCACUUCUGGCUUCACUAUUCAAAACCUCAAAUCCUGCGGCAAAACUGCCAACAUUACUGUGAAGAGGCCUCGUAAAGUCCAGCUCCCUGCGAGCUCCCGGCCUUCCCGCGCCGCCUCCCAGUCCAACCUGCUGAACGAGGAGCCGCCUGUGGGCAGGAGGCCCCGCCGCGGCUCAGACUCAGGCAGCGACCGCAGUUACGGUCGCCGGGGCAACGCCCGCAGCUCCACCCCUGACCGCAACGGACAUUCCCUCCCCCUCAUGUCGGGCUUCAAGAGGCUGCCCAACCAAGACGUGAACAAGCCCAUCAGAGCCACACUGCGGAAGAAGAAACUCACAGAUGAGUACGGGCUGAAGUUAGGUAGUCAGAUCUUUGUCAAACAUAUGACGUCCACUGGCCUGGCUGCCAAGGAAGGGACCUUGCAAGAGGGGGACCUCAUUCUCAAGAUCAAUGGAAUGACCACAGAAAACCUGUCCUUGCUGGAAACCAAGCACCUGGUGGAGAAGUCAAGGGGCAAACUAACUAUGAUGGUUCUGAGAGAUGACAGGAAGUUCCUGGUCAGCAUCCCUGAGGUGGAAGACAGUGCCCCCAACAGUGAGGAGGACAGACAUGGAAACAGCAGUUCAGAGCUUGAGGACAUUUCUGAUUUGGAAUCAGUGAUCCCAUCCCCGACAAGGGAACGCGUGUCCCGUUCCGAGACAAAGGAGCGACGUGCACGCAGAACUCGAGCAGAAGCUGCCCCCCCAUCCAAGUACCACGACUCUCCCCCCUUGCGCUCUACACUCACCAGGCCUACUCGCAGAGCCCCUUCAGAUUCAGAGUCUGAUCGCAGCGCCUCACCCCCUCCUGGCAGGGACACGCUCGAUAGGAAGGACCCCAUGAGCAAGUACAGACCUCUCUCUGGAUUGUCUUUGCCCAACCCUCGGUCCUCCCCCAUCUCCCACAGCCAGGACUCUGCACAUUGGGCACCUCCGCGUGCCUCCUCCGCUGCCUCUCGGCCACGGAAAGAAGUUUCAGAGUCCGAGUCAGACCGAAGCGCAUCACCCCCCCCUCGACGGGACAGCCCCAAGAUGGAGAAUCAGAUGAGAUACAAAGUGUUGCCUGACCUGCCCCCCCCAGGCAUCCGUGCCUCCCCUCUCACCCUGCAGCACGACCUGCCCCGCCGAGGCCCCUCCCCCCGCAGACUACCACCGGAAGAUGAUUCAGAUUCAGACUCGGAUGGCAGCUCUGGGCCCCCCCGCAGGCAAGGUACCCCAGCCAGCUUGGACUCCAGGAGCCGAUACAGAGGGACUCCUGAGGUCUCUCAGCCACCCCCCAGCAUGGAGCCCCCACGAUGGAUCACCCCCACUGUGAGGGACUCUCCUGUUGGACGGGGUCAAUCCGGAUCUGAGUCGGAAGCCAGCUAUCCGUCUGUCCCCAGACAAGGCACCCCAGACAGCAGGAGCUCAAAAGACUCCAGAGGAAGACACAGAGUUCUCCCUGAGAUGCAGUCAUCCCCUGCCCUGCUGAAACAGGCCUCCCCUCAAAGAAGCCCCUCUCCUGCCAGACCUCCCCCUGAAGAUUCUUCAGAGUCGGAGCGCGCCCCAUCUCCUCCCAUGAGAUAUGAGAGCACAGACAAUGACAGCACCCACAGGAUUCCACCAUCUGUCAACGGCACUCUGCGCUCUGAAGUGUUCGUGUCGAGUAGCCCUGUGGUACACGCCACAACUCAAGAGGAGCCCCUUUACUCCUUACCCCCAGACUCCCCCACGUUAGAUACACCUAACUUAGGGUACAGCUCAGAUCUGAACAGGGUGCAGUUUGUGAAGGAGGGGAGUGUGGGGUUGCGGCUGGUGGGUGGAAAUGACGUGGGAAUCUUCGUUGGAGGGGUGCAGCCCAACAGCCCAGCCCAGCAGCAGGGCAUGAAGGAGGGAGAUCAGAUAAUGCAGGUGAAUGGAGUGGACUUUGGCCACUUCACACGAGAGGAGGCUGCCAUGUUCCUACUCAACAUCCACAGAGGAGAGCCGGUGGACAUUCGCACCCAGACCAAGAUGGACAUUUACAAGAAGAUUCUCAAGUCUAACCUUGGAGACUCCUUCUACAUCCGCACACACUUUGACCAUGAGGCAGAGGGCCCCACUGGCCUGAGCUUUACCCGAGGGGAGGUGUUUCGAGUAUUGGACACAAUGCAUCGUGGGAAGCUUGGAAACUGGCGAGCUGUGCGCAUGGGCAAUGACCUGCAUGAGUUGGACAAGGGCACCAUCCCCAAUAUGGCCAGGGCGGAGACCAUGGCAAGCUUGGAGCAGGCCCAGAGGGCCAGUGGAGCUGACCGACAGUCCUCCGGAGCCAGGGCAGAGUUCUGGAAGCUACGGGGUCUAAGAGGGGCCAAGAAGAAUGUCCGUAAGAGUCGCGAUGACCUUCUUCAGCUCACCAUCCAGGGCAAAUAUCCUGCAUAUGAGAGAGUCCUGCUGAGAGAAGCUGGCUUUAAACGUCCCAUAGUGAUUCUGGGUCCUCUAAAUGAUAUCGCCAUGGAGAAGCUGGCCAGAGAAAUGCCUGACGAAUUUCAAGUGGCAGGGAUGGUCCCUCGCAGUGGUGGGGAGGGCUCCUCUACUGUCAUUAAACUGGACACAGUGAGGCAGAUCGCUGAGAGAGACAAGCACCCCCUGUUGGACAUCACACCUACAGCAGUGGAGAGGCUCAACUACAUUCAGUACCACCCACUUGUGCUUUUCCUGGAUCCACACAGUCGCAAGGAUGUGAAGACCAUGAGGCAACGCCUCUCUCCUCAGUCUAACAAGAGCUCGCGCCGCCUCUAUGCCCAGGCCCUGAAAAUAAGGAAGCACUACAGCCACCUCUUUGCUGGGCGUAUUGACCUCCAGCCCAGUUCUAAUGUGUGGUAUGAGAUUCUGAAGGAGAAAAUCCGCCACCAUCAGUCCAAGCCAGUGUGGGUCUCAGAAGUCAUGCUGGAGGGUGGCGGAGAGGAGGAGCUAGACGCACUCACCCGGACGCAGUCCUCUGAUUACCUAAGCUGUGAUAGUCGGGCCACCAGCGACUAUGAGGACACAGAUGGUGAGGCCUAUACAGACGGUGAGCCCUACACUGACAACGACCUGGACCUUGAAGAGUCUUUCAAUGAUGGAGAUAGAAACCUGACAGCCAGGCAUGCGGGGGCAGCGCUGGCUCGAUCCUCGGAGCCCGCCUCAGAACAGGACAGCUCCAUGCCUGAAUUCAUUGCCGAACCCUACCCCGACGCCGAGUCCCCCACCUGGGAGAUUCCACCCAUUCUGCACGUGCCUGAGCCACGGACCCUCCGCCAAGUUUCCAGCAGCCCUCCCCAUUCGGUUGACAUCCCUUCCCCUCACAGCUUCUCAGACUCUCCCUCUGAGUUCGGCACUGCUGACCCUGCCGUCCCCUCCACGCCCUCUGAUGGGCCCCCUGACUUCCGAGCUCCGGACCCACCCAUCCUAGAUACCUUCCCUGAGCUCCCACUUGCAGAAGCACUCCCAGAAAAGCCAGAGGCUGUCACGCUAAACGUCAUUGAGGAGAAACUCCGGCAGACUCGUAUGGCUGAACCACAGGAGAGAAAACACUCGCCACAGUUCAUUGUGUUGGCUCACCAUCAGGCAGUGCAGGAGAGGCGCUUUCAAAUCCAGGGCAGCGAUAGCUCUGAGGACAAUGACGAAUCUGAUGAUAUUGAAUGGGGCCCAGCAACAGAACUCUAGAGCACAUGGAAUUCUACCAAUGAAGCUGGGACUCUACCAAGGCCAUGUCACAAAAGGGAUUCUACCAAGGCCAUAUCACAAAUGCAAGGACCAUUCCAAGGUUGCAGGUCUAUGGGAUGCUGUUACUUUGCCCCGGAAGAACCUCUGGGCAUUGGGACCGUCACUUCUGAGACACUGUGAUCAAAUCUGUCUUCAGUGGUGUGGGAUGUUUUGGACAUUGUUGCAGAAUCUCAGGGGAAAUCAAAAUACAAAAAUAUGGCAGAGCACUUUACCGUGCUGAACGGCUUCAACUGGAAGAGCUUUUUAAGAAGAGAAAAAGGAGACUUGCUGAAAAUAAUUCAUACGGUUCUCUGACGUUUAGCAACUGACAGUGAAUGAAACAUUUUAUUUUUUAAUGUACAUAUUUCCAGUUAUUUUAUCUUAAUUGUAAAAUAUUGUGAUACUGUACUGACUAAGACAAGUUGGUAUUGGCAAUAAGAUCCAUGGUGAUGUUAAAGGACUAUUAGAGCUGCUUAGGUCACCUUUUGCAGCUGUUCUGAAAUUUUAUUUUGAUGUUUCUACAGAUAUGAGUUUAUGCAAAUUAACUUGUGCCCCUAUUUUAGUAAAAUAUGGUCCCUGAUGGACAGAUAUCCAAGGGAAGUAUUUCAUCAGUCAUAAUCACAUGUGUAGUUUGAGAUCCAGAUGGUCAGUAGGAGAUUUGGAUGGUCAGAUUACCUACAACAACAAAUGGUUGCUGAUUUCACUGUUAAGGUUCUUGGUGGCUUUCAUCAUGAAGCCAGGAAUAUAUGCUGUAAAUUCCAUCAUCUUUUAUAAAAUUUUAUUUACUUCAUCCUUGUCAGGGUAAUGGCCCGAUUGUUUAGAAAUGAAACGCCAUUCGAAUCACAUUAUGAGAGAGCAACUGUGCAGUAAUAGAUGUCAACAACAGAUGCCCUCAUAUCCUGCAAUGACAUGUUAAAUCAGCAGCACAUAAAUAUGCCCCCCCACCCCCCCACCCCACUCUUUAUUGAUAAUACAAUAACGCAAUUCAAAAUGCUGAAACUACCGUAUGUGACUGUGAUUCUGAGGACCUCCUGAAAAAUCAAAAUACUGUUUCUGCACAGCGAAGGUUUUCUGGUGGUAAAUUUAUCAAUUUUUAUAUA